AAAUCUUACUGCGGCCAUAAUUUAUGACCCGUCAAGUGACCAACCCUACAGUUCCAUGCAAUUCCACCCAGCUUACCUUUUGCAUUCCGUGACCGUCCCUGAUGCUGAUGCAGGCCAAAGCCAUGACGAUUGCAACCCCCACCUCCGCCACCGCACCUCCGCGCCUUCCCAACAGCUUCGUUCGUCCCGGCCCCUCCUCCGCCCGGACUUCCAUAUCCACCAACGUCUCCUCUCUCCUCUUCAAGCGCGGAUCGAAAACAAUCUCAGCCGUCAAAUCCUCUGAUCAGCCGCCAUCAACCGCCGCGACCUCCCCUCCGCUAUCGGUAAAUUGGAGCCUCGACAGCUGGAAAUCCCGGAAAGCGUCUCAGCUUCCGGAGUAUCCGGAUGAAGCUACGCUGGAAUCGGUCCUCAAAACUCUCGAAUCGUUCCCUCCUAUCGUUUUCGCGGGUGAGGCGAGAAGCCUCGAGGAGAAAUUAGGGCAGGCUGCUCUCGGAAAUGCUUUCCUUCUACAGGGAGGCGACUGUGCGGAGAGUUUCAAGGAAUUCAGCGCCAAUAAUAUCAGGGAUACCUUUAGGGUGAUCUUGCAGAUGGGCGUUGUCCUAAUGUUUGGCGGUCAGAUGCCUGUUAUAAAGGUUGGAAGAAUGGCAGGGCAGUUUGCUAAGCCAAGAUCAGACCCAUUUGAGGAGAAAGAUGGUGUGAAGCUGCCAAGUUAUCGUGGGGACAAUAUUAAUGGGGAUGCUUUUGAUGAAAAAUCACGCAUUCCAGAUCCUCAUAGAAUGAUUAGGGCAUAUACCCAAUCGGUGGCUACGCUGAACCUGCUAAGGGCAUUUGCAACUGGAGGGUAUGCAGCGAUGCAGCGGGUCAGCCAGUGGAACCUUGAUUUUACUGAACACAGUGAGCAGGGUGAUAGGUACCGAGAACUGGCUCAUCGGGUUGAUGAGGCCCUUGGCUUCAUGGCUUCUUGUGGUCUUACAUCUGAAAACUCGAUCAUGACCUCUACAGAGUUCUGGACAUCACAUGAAUGCUUACUUUUACCUUAUGAACAAGCGCUCACUAGAGAGGACUCAACUUCUGGUCUGUAUUAUGACUGCUCGGCUCAUAUGCUCUGGGUUGGGGAACGUACAAGACAGUUGGAUGGCGCCCAUGUUGAAUUCUUGAGAGGAAUAUCCAAUCCUCUAGGGAUCAAGGUCAGUGAUAAGAUGGAUCCAAAUGAGCUAGUGAAACUCAUUGAGAUUCUGAAUCCUAAAAAUAAACCUGGAAGAAUAGCAGUGAUUGCUCGAAUGGGGGCUGAGAAUAUGAGGGUGAAACUUCCUAAUCUGAUUAGGGCAGUUCGCCGAGCUGGUCAAAUUGUCACUUGGGUCAGUGAUCCUAUGCAUGGAAACACCAUAAAAGCUCCUUGUGGACUAAAGACCCGUUCCUUUGAUUCAAUCAGGGCUGAGGUGAGAGCAUUCUUUGAUGUUCAUGAUCAAGAAGGGACCUACCCUGGAGGUGUGCAUUUGGAGAUGACUGGACAGAAUGUUACAGAGUGUGUUGGCGGGUCUCGGACUAUCACUUACAAUGAUCUGAGCUCGCGCUAUCACACACACUGUGAUCCAAGGCUCAAUGCUUCUCAGUCUCUGGAGCUAGCUUUUAUCAUUGCUGAGCGACUCCGAAAGAGAAGAAUUGGAUCACAGCGUUCUCUUACUUCUGUAAGGUACUAGAAGAGCGAUCCAUCCUUGAGAUUGCAUUAAUUAAGGAUGAAGAUCAGCAUUUUGCCUAUGUAUUUAAUCAUGCAUAAUGUUCUAUGUUUGUGUGUCGCAUUACAAUGUCCCAUAAUAGUAAAAUAUAGAGAUGGCAUAUCAUUAGUUUUGGGGUGUAAUAGGAGAACCCGGGUGAAGGUCUUUUCAAUCAUGAUAUGCUUAAAUACAUGCUUGCGAUCUUUGGUUUCAUGCCUCUGUUUAUAUGUGUAUAACAUUACACUACUUGUUAAUUUAUACUAAUCAAUAAGAUUGUGUUGGAUCCAUGUUUGCUA